AUGAGAUUAAAGAUGAUCAUAAUUUCACCCUCAAACAACAGAACUCUCUGUUUGGAUUAUCAUACUAACUCCAUUGAUGAUUUCACCCAAAAAUCCAAUAAAGUGCAUUUUAAUAACAUACCCGACAAUAAAAAGGAAAAAAAUCCUUCAAAAAUUAUUGGCUUUAAUCUUGAAAAUGGAAAACAGCAAAUUCGAACAUGGGAACGCAAACAAUUCCGCUCUUGA